CCCCUUUCCCCCGUCUCUCUCCUUUUAUCAUCAUUAUCGCUAUUAUUUAUUACCGCCGCUCUCCAGCUCCCUGCCCGGCCCCCGGGCGUCCCGGCCCGUCCCUCCUCCCCUGCCCCGCGCCCCCCCCCCCUUUCGGCCGCCCCUCCCUCGGCAGCCACCACCCCGCAGCCGUGCCGAGGCCCCGCCAGCAGCAGCGGUGCGGCCAAGCGGGGCUCGGAGCGGCGGCGAAGCGGGGCUCGGUGUCCCGGCGGCGGCCGCAGCCCCUCCGGCACGGCCCCGGGCCCAUCCCGGGAACCGCCGCUAGGUGGGGGGGGAGCCCGGCCUCCCUCCCCAGCCUCCCAACAAUGACUUUGGGCAGCAGCAGCGGAGGAGGCGGCGGUGGCUGCGGGAUCAUGUCCGAGCGCUCCCCGGAGGAAGAGCCGCUCUCCGAGGUGGAGGACGCGGAUAUCGACGUGGUGGGCCCGCCCCAGGACGGGGGCAAGUACAGCGAGGACGAGGAGGACGAGGACGAGGAGGAGGACGACGACGAGGAGGACGACGAGGACGAGGGCGAUCCGCUGGGGCUCGCCCUGCCGCGGAGCGGGGCCGCCAAGGGGCGCAUGGGGGGGUCCCCGGAGCGGCUGUCCCCCGCCGGCGGCUCGGAGCCGGCGUGCGCCCGCGGCACCGCGCCCGGGGACAAGGCGACGGCCGGAGGCGGCGGCGGAGGGGGAGGCGGCGGCGGAGGCAGCGGAGGAGGCGGCGGCGGGGGGAAGAACCCGCUGGUGAAGCCGCCCUACUCGUACAUCGCCCUCAUCACCAUGGCCAUCCUGCAGAGCCCCAAGAAGCGGCUGACGCUGAGCGAGAUCUGCGAGUUCAUCAGCGGCCGCUUCCCCUACUACCGGGAGAAGUUCCCCGCCUGGCAGAACAGCAUCCGCCACAACCUCUCGCUCAACGACUGCUUCGUCAAGAUCCCCCGGGAGCCCGGCAACCCGGGCAAGGGCAACUACUGGACGCUGGACCCCGAGUCCGCCGACAUGUUCGACAACGGCAGCUUCCUGCGCCGGAGGAAGCGCUUCAAGCGGCAGCAGCAGCUGCACCCGCCGCACCCCGAGCUGCUGCUGCGGGCUGGGGCCGCCGACCCCGCCGCUUUCCUGCCCGGUUUUGCUUACGGACACUACGGCUACAACUACGGCCUGCAGCUGCAGGUACCCCCCGCCCCAUCACCACCACCCCGCCGGCGGCGGGCCCCGGGUGCUUUCCCCUUCCCGGCCCCGCACUGCCCGUUACCGGCUCCGCCGCCUCCCGCCGCCUCCGUCUUCUCCGCCGCCUCGGGGCUGCCCUCGUUCCUGGGCGGCGAGCUGAACUGCAGGAAAUCCUUCUACCACCCCCAGCUCAGCCCCACCGCCCUGCCCGCCGCCCUGCUGCAGACCCUCAAGCCGGACCCCUCGCCCGCCGGCGGUGGCGGUGGCACCGGCGGCGGUGGCGGCGGCAACCCCUCCCGGCCCUCUUUUUCCAUAGACAACAUCAUCGGGGGGGCCGUGCCCCCGCCGCCCAGCACCAACCCCAGCGCCGCGCCCGCCGCGCCCUACCCCGCCGGCCAGGCGGGCCCCCCGGCGCCGGUCCUGGCCAUGCUCAGCCCCGCCUUGGCCCCGGCACAGCCCCAGGUCGGCCUGGCACACGAGCCGCUCCUGCAGCCCGCGCAGAACUUUUCCAGUAAAAUCACAAACCUUAGCAGCUGUCAUUUUUAAAGUGGGCUCCGGCCAGGAGAGGGAAAGGGGAGGAGGGGGGGGAGAGGCGCAAACCACACGGCCCCUUCCCAGCUCUCCUCUCCAAUCUUCUCCCCUUCCCUCUGCCCCGCUCUCCCCCCCCCCCCAACCCCCCCCUGUUGUUUUUUAAGGUAGGAAAUUUUUCCUUUUUUUUUUUUUUUUUUUUUUUUUUAAACUUUAUUUCCAGGCUCUGUGGCAUCCGGAUCUGUUUGUGUCUCUUUCCUCGGAGGGAAAAAAAAAAAAAAAAAAGAGAAAGAAAAAUGAGAAAGAAAAAUAGGGAGGGGGAAAACAACCCUGUUUCAUCCCGCAAGCGCCAAAACGUGUUCAGAAAGUGGCCGUAACAUAAGCUGGGACCUGGGCGAGCAACAUCUUGCGGGGGGAGGGAGGGAAGAAAGGGUCUGGGGGGUGAGAAAGGAACGGUUUUAGGGUCCGAAAUAUUUUCUUUGAGAGCUGCGGGGCUUUUCUGCCAGGUCCCCAGAUGCAGCCGCGGGGGGACUUUGGGACGUGCCCGCUUUCGGUGCCUCCACUCUCCCGGGCGGCUUUGCCAGGGGUGUCCCUCUCGCCCUUUCUCUCAAGGAAAAUGUUUGAACGGCUCCAUCUUAUUUUGCAGUUUCUUUGAAGCUUUGGUUUUAAAAGGCACUGUUUAGGGUUUCUUUAUUUUUAAGGAAAAGUCGGUGAAACUCAGGACUGCGUGUUUUUUUUUUUUUUCCUUUUUUCUUUUUUUUUAUUUCAAUGAGACAUUCAAAUGCACGUUUAAAUGAAAAUCUGAUCCGUCAGCAAGUUAGGAGAAUUCCCGUACUGUGUUUUUUUUUUUUUUUUGGUUGUUUUUGUUUUUUUUUAAUCCCCUUUUUCCCACCCCCUCCACGCGUGGGUUUUUGGUGUAUCGGUAAUUAUUUGUAUAUAGAUUAUUCGGGAGCUAAUGAGCGGAGUCCAGUUUACUCUUCACUGGUUGUGCAUCCGUCAUAUCUUAUUUUAUUGAGAGAAUCUGUGAAUAAGUUGAUGUGGAAAAGGCAACAGAAUUUUGUCCGCCGGUGGUGUAAAUUAAUAAAUGUUUGUGACCUGGUUAAAAAAAAAAAAAAAAGAAAAAAGAAAAAAAAAGAAAAAACAAAUCCCAAUGGUUCUUUGCGAUGUCCUUUGUCACGCUGAGAGCCGAGAGCCCCGCUCGGGCCUCGGGGAAGCGAGGGGCUCCCAGGCUUUGGCGAAAUUCAGCGAGUUUCGCUGCUCCGGCUGCCGAGGGGGGGGUCCCCGCUUUGGGUCCCUCUCCACGGGCGGCGAGGGAAGCCCCCCCCCCCCCCCAGAUUUUGGAUUUGGUUUUAUUUCUUUGGUCCCUUUUUGGUCCCGUCCCGCCCCCAAUCGCACCGCUGCUCGCUAAAGCCCUGCUCCUUUCCAUGCGUUUGCCGGGGGAGGCGGUGGGGGCCGGGAGGAAGGUUACCAGCCCAUCUCUCCCCGCUCCGCGUCCCUUUAUUUUCUUUGGAAAAGUUGACCCAGGAGAAAAGAAGUUGGAGGUUCCCCCCCCCCCCAUGUACACACGUCCCCCCCUCGGGCCUGCAGCAUUUGAAUGACCGAAUGCAACUUGAUCUCCGCCUAAAUUUUGCAACGACUUACAAAGUAAAUAAACAUCUUUAAGCGCC